GCCUCUCCCAGAGAGGGCGGCCCCGGGACGUCCCACCCAGCAGCGGCGGCACCGGGCAUCACUGCACCGGACAUCCCUGGCCAUGAGCAGGCGGCUCGCUAUGGAGCUGGAGGAGGUGCGGCGCUGGGGCGGGGUCCGCGACCUGCAGUUGGUGGACCGUGACGUACUGCGCUGGAGGGGACUGCUGCUGCCUGUGGGCACGAGGGGGCUGGGGCACGGGGAACAAUCCCCCCUACAACGCGGGUGCCUUUCGCUUCGAGCUGGUCUUCUCCCCACAUUACCCCCUUGUGCCGCCCCGUGUCACUCUCCUUACCGGUAUCCACCACCCCGGUGUGGGCCCCGACGGCACCGUGUGCCAGCCCAUCGCUUCCCCCGAGAGCUGGGAGCCCCUCACCCGCAUCACGCAUGUGCUGCAGGACCUGCUGCUGCUGCUGGACAACCCCAGCACCGAGCGGGUGCUGCGCCCCGAGCUGGCCCGCGAGCUGAGCGAGAGGCCCGAGGCCUUCCUGCACCAGGCAGAGGAGCACACCCGUCGCUACGCCGAGCCGCGUCCCGACACCCCCGGGCCCUGAGCCCCCACCUCGGUGCCCCCCGCCCUGUACAUAAAGCUCCUACCUCACUCCUGUGACCCCUCUGCGUGAUG